AUGGUUGACAACACAAGCAUAGCAACUAAAUCUGCUUUGCAAACCGCCUUCUCUUCAGCCAACAGCCUUCCGCUGCUGGUUCCCUCGUCUUCAACACACGGUCCGUUCUCAGGCGUUCAGUCGCAACAGUCUAGCGGCAGCGGAAUGAAAUUAGAGGCGGUUAUGGAAAACCUCCAGCGGCAGCAGGCUGCGCGCCUGGCGCUGGAGGAAAAACUUCGGCAAGCCGAAAAAGAAAAAGACCUCAGAUCCAUGGUGGAGUCUCAGUUCCAUCAGCAAGCCCUUGCCUUCCACCACUAUCAGGCAGCUGUUCGAGGCGCUCUCGCCGGAGGGGCUCCGAACACCUCUCCAGGAGCAGCAGGCUCCGCUGAGCGGCAGUUGAACCGCCUGGACCCCCGCAGGCUGGCAGAGCGAGUGGGCGACUCAGACAUCGAUGAUGAUGUAGACGCUGACCGCGGAUUGGAGGAUGAAGACCGGGAUCUGGACGAGGAAGACAGUGCGAAUGAAGGGGCUAUGGACGAUGAUGUGGAAGGACCCGUUUCCCAUUAUUUGCCCCGUCACUCAGUGCACUCCGGUGCGGGGCAGUCUCCAAAGAGUACACCGGUACACAUGCUGUCCAGAGUUCAGCCCCCAUACGGAGCACCUCGGCAGCCUGAAUCACUCGGCGGUCUGGCACCGCACGCGCAAUCGCAGCACCACGAGUGGACUUACGAGGAACAGUUUAAACAAUUGUAUGAGCUGGACGAUGAUGAGAAGAGAAAGGAGUUCCUGGACGAUCUUUUCUCGUUCAUGCAGAAGAGAGGAACUCCAGUGAAUCGGAUUCCAAUCAUGGCCAAGCAGGUGCUGGAUCUUUACACUCUCUACAAGCUGGUGACAGAAAAAGGCGGCUUAGUGGAGGUCAUCAAUAAGAAAAUAUGGCGCGAGAUCACGAAGGGCCUCAACCUGCCAACCUCCAUAACCAGUGCCGCUUUCACCCUCCGAACCCAGUAUAUGAAGUAUCUUUACCCAUACGAGUGUGAAAAACGUGGACUGAGCUCUCCCAGUGAGCUCCAGGCAGCUAUCGACAGUAACCGCCGUGAGGGACGCAGACAGAGCUACGGCUCCGCCCUUUUUAACUACUCCCCUGUGGCCACACCCACCCUCCUCUCCUCACCCAAACUCCAGAUGCCACACAUCGCCAUGCCAACGGCUAACGGCAACCACCUGGCCCAGACCCCUGUCAUCAAGAAAGAGGACUCCGUUCUCUCCAGCUGUCUGACCAAUCGUGUGGGGAUCCCCGUAUCGAUGGCGGGCCACCACGGAGCCGCGCAGGCAGCAGCAGCCAUGCAGGCGGCUGCGCUGGAGCAGCUGCGGGAGAAGCUGGAGGCCGGAGAGCCGCCAGAGAAGAAGAUGAUGCUGAUGGCGGAGGAGCAGCAGAGAAUCAUGCAGCAUGCACUACAGCAGAACCUCUUCGCCAUGGCAACCCAGCUUCCCAUGAGCAUCAAACUCAACAGCAGAGAUGAUAGACAGGAGACAGCAUUGAACCUGUCUACCAACGGCAUUAACAGCAUCAACAUGUCAAUAGAAAUAAAUGGAGUUGUCUACACAGGGGUGCUAUUUGCCCGUAAGCCAGCCAUAGCAGUGCUGCCCGGCGGCCAGCGGGGGAGUCAGCAUGGCACUCAGGGCAAGAUCAGCCCUGGGCACACUUCCCACACCCAACCAGCCUCAUCUUCAUCAUCCAGCUCCUCAUCCUCCGCACAAGGAAACGUUUCCUCCCCCUGA